UAAAAUGCAUCCGAACACUCUGUAUGGUUUAAUGAAACAAUUUUAACGCCAACUUCUGAGUUGUCCUACGCUUGUCCCCUCAUUGCCUGCUCACCACGUGAGCGUAUGAUGCUUUCAUUGUUUUGAACCCAAUUUUCUCAUCUCAUAUCUGAGUAGUGUCUGCUUUUCAUUUCCUCUCCUGAAGGCAAGUCUGUGUCACAUGGAUGGGCUCGGCCCCUGCAGCGAAGCAGACAUGAUCUAGGCUGAUGGUGCUCGGGUGUGGAAGGCCACCUUAAGUGACCACUGCCACAGGAGGCUGAGCAGACAGAGUAUCAGCCCAGGGACAGGAGACCCUGGAAGGGCAGUACAGCAGAUCCCCGGAAGGCUUGAUAGAACAGGAGACAUUGGAAGAAGUCCCCUAAGGUUUAAAUCAUAGUGUAGGUGUCCCUUCAGUUGGUCCGUGGCCGGCUUUGGGUCCUGCUGGCUGUGGGAAUGGCUCAGUCAGACAUACACACCAAGUCCAGGGCCCUUCCCCUUCUCCAGAAAUGUGAACAGCAGAAUGUAAACAGAGAUGGGUGAGAGAUAGCCCUCAAGUCUAGGGUGUAUGACGCUCCCUCCAGGCUCCAUGGGGCCCAUAGUAAACCAGCUCUGGCCCUCUCCUUCCAUCUUCCUCUGCAAGGAUGCGUUCUGCUCUCCUGAGUCCUCUCACUCAGCCAUCUCCUGAUUUCCAGAAGGCCUUUGCAUAGGGGUCUUGAAGCUGGAGAGCUCUGGGACCCUGCCUGUUUCCUUGUCCUCCAGGAGCCAUCUGCCCUUGGCCAACAACUAUGUUUCCUUCCUCGCCCCACCCCACCACUACACACACUUGUUCCUGGCCUGCCCUCCACUGGAGUGAAGCCCCCAAGAACAAGAAGAUGUCCAGUGUCCCCUCCAGCGGACCUGUAGCUCCAAUCGGAGCCUGGCACCUUAUCGGUCUCCAGCUAGCUUUCAAGCAAAACACCACCUUGCACUUCAUCAUAACCUUUCCGAGGGGUUGGAGGAAAGUGGCAGUGCUUGCCAGCCAUCUGGUCCAGGACCCCGCGUUGGCAUAAUUCGCCUGCUUGUCUAUGCUUCACUCAGCUGUGUUCAAGGCUCAAGGCUCUUCCUGAUCCCUCUCCUGGGUGGCUAGGUCCUUAAUUGCUCUUUGAGGACCUUAAUUAUGGGCCGCAGCCACCCACUGGUAAGUAGGAGCAUUAAAAUAGAGUAAAUGUUUUUCUUUUCUUGAAAAGUUCACAUAUACAAGACAAGGUGCUGUUGGGCCCAGGGGCCUGCCCUGCCUGGACCGACAGGCAGAGGACAUGGUUCUUGUUCUCCACCUCCUUCCCCAGGCUGUGCCCUUCCCAGGCUCAGUGGUGAAAUCCUCUUAGAAUCCCAGAACCACAUAUGGGAAACUCCACUUCUCUGCAGCUCACCCUGCCAGGGCUCCAUCCAGGUCUGAGGUUGCUAUGUUGCUCUGGCCCUCCAAAGAGCCCAGCUACCCCAGGGCAGAGGGAGGCUGCUCUUUGUCUAGGACAGGAAUGGUUUUCCCCAAUAACAGGGCCUGAAGGUGAAAGAGCCCCUUGUUGGUUGAAAUUUAAGUGGAUGUACACCUAAGAGCUGGAAUUUUAUGGCCCUAGUGUGGUAAUUGUGAGAAAGUAAAAAAAUCCCUGCAUACCUCCAGCGGGAGAGGGGGGGAACAGCCCCUCUGCUCAUGCCUUCAUGGGACAAGGGUCAUGCAACCACUGGAGUAUGAAAGGAGAUUCAGCGACAUGCUCAGGAUAUACCCUCUGUGUGCCUUGGCGGGUGCUGGGAGGCCCCGCUCGGCUUGUACUCCUUCUCGAGGUUCUUCCAAGAGCCCCAGUCCCCAGGAGAAGGGGGAGGGGGAUGGGCACCGGCAAGUUUGCGGAAACUGGGAGGAGUGUGGGGGAGCUGCGUACCAGAGUACCCGGACUGCCCCAGGACAAUUGGUGUCGCGUCGCGCAACGCGCCCCACGUCGCCCACGCGCCCCAAAGACACUGGCGCCCCGGCACACCCAAGACACACGCGGUGGGGGAAGGGCACGCGCCUCGCGGGCAUGGUCACGGCGUGCCUCCCACGCCUGCUGAGCCCCGCCCCCUAGCCGACCCUAGCAGUGAAGAGAAGGGGCGGCGCGCGAGAAAAGGAGGGGGUCCCCGCCGGCUCCGCGCCCCCGCAGUGGGGGUGGGGAAGGACGUUGGCGCCGCUUCCCCCGCCCCUCGUCCAAGCAUCCCUGCGAGCGCCCCCUGCUGCCGUGCUCUCCCGCGAGACAGUAUGGGGCGGGAGGAGAGGUCGGGGAGGGGGGCGCGGACCGGGUUCGCCCAGUCCUGGACUUGGGGCUGGCGGCGUACCGGCACGGAGAAACACGGACCAAGGGAUGUUGUGGGAUAGCUUACGUCUGGGUGGGGGCGGGCCGGGCUGAUGACCCCCGCCCACUCUCCGUCCCUAUCUCGGUCCCUGAGGGUCGCCCCCUGCCCGCCCCGGCCGCGUUGGCCCCGCCCCAUGGGCCGCCCCCGCCGCCCCGCCUCCCCGCCACUGCUCACUCCGAAGUUUCCUGCGCUGUGCGCGGACGGGCUCCAGGGCUCGCUCGCUCCCUCUCUGGCUCGGCCGCGCCCCCGGCCCGUGCCUGCGGUCCGCGCCCGCCCCGCCGUGCAUUUAGCGGUUUUCCGCAUCGGGACACCGUUGCUGCUGCUGGGCGGGCCGGAGCUAGAGCUUCCGCGAGAGCUGGUGCCGGGUGGGCCGGGGGCGCGGGCCGAGGAGGCGAUACUGGCCCAGCUCCGGGCUCUGGACUGGGUCCCCAGUGACAGCGCCGCCCGGGCUAUGCCCACAGGGACGCCGCUGGCCACCGGAGCGAGGUGCUGCCCUCUGCCACCAUGACCGAGGGCACGCUGGCAGCGGACGAGGUCCGGGUGCCCCUGGGCGCUUCGCCUUCGGCUCCUGCAGCGCCGGUGAGGGCUUCCCCAGCGAGCCCUGGGGUGCCGGGGCGCGAGGAGCAGCGAGGAUCCGGGUCGAGCGUGUUGGCUCCCGAGAGCCCAGGGACCGAGUGUGGUGCGGACCUGGGCGCCGACGAGGAACAGCCCGUCCCAUACCCCGCUCUGGCUGCCACAGUCUUCUUCUGCCUCGGGCAAACCACGCGGCCCCGCAGCUGGUGCCUCCGACUGGUUUGUAACCCGUGGUUCGAGCACAUUAGCAUGCUGGUCAUCAUGCUGAACUGCGUGACACUGGGCAUGUUCCGGCCCUGUGAGGAUGUUGAGUGCCGUUCAGAACGUUGCAGCAUCUUGGAGGCCUUUGAUGACUUCAUCUUUGCCUUCUUUGCUGUGGAGAUGGUUAUCAAGAUGGUGGCUUUGGGACUGUUCGGCCAGAAAUGCUACCUGGGUGACACCUGGAACAGGCUGGACUUCUUCAUUGUCAUGGCUGGCAUGAUGGAAUACUCUCUGGACGGACACAACGUGAGCCUCUCUGCCAUCCGAACAGUGCGUGUGCUGCGGCCCCUCCGCGCCAUCAACCGGGUCCCCAGCAUGCGAAUCCUGGUCACACUGCUGCUGGACACACUGCCCAUGCUUGGGAACGUGCUUCUUCUCUGCUUCUUCGUCUUCUUCAUCUUCGGCAUCGUUGGGGUCCAGCUCUGGGCUGGCCUGCUGCGGAACCGAUGCUUCCUGGACAGCGCCUUCGUCAGGAACAACAACCUGACCUUCUUGCGGCCAUACUACCAGACAGAGGAGGGCGAGGAGAACCCAUUCAUCUGCUCCUCACGCCGCGACAACGGCAUGCAGAAAUGCUCACACAUCCCCAGCCGCCGUGAGCUUCGCGUGCAGUGCACGCUCGGCUGGGAGGCCUACGGGCAGCCACAGGCUGAGGAUGGGGGUGCCGGCCGAAAUGCCUGCAUCAACUGGAACCAGUACUACAACGUGUGCCGCUCGGGGGAAUUCAACCCUCACAAUGGUGCCAUCAACUUUGACAACAUUGGCUAUGCUUGGAUCGCCAUCUUCCAGGUCAUCACACUGGAGGGCUGGGUGGACAUCAUGUACUACGUCAUGGAUGCCCACUCGUUCUACAACUUCAUCUACUUCAUCCUCCUCAUCAUUGUGGGCUCCUUCUUCAUGAUCAACCUGUGCCUGGUGGUGAUAGCCACACAGUUCUCAGAGACAAAGCAGAGGGAAAACCAGCUGAUGCGUGAACAGCGGGCCCGCUAUCUGUCCAACGACAGCACUCUGGCCAGCUUCUCGGAGCCUGGCAGCUGCUACGAGGAGCUCCUCAAGUAUGUGGGCCACAUCUUCCGAAAGGUUAAACGCCGGAGCCUGCGCCUUUACGCCCGCUGGCAGAGCCGUUGGCGUAAGAAGGUAGAUCCCAGCAGCACUCUGCAUGGCCAAGGCCCCAGGCGGCGGCCACGGCGCGCAGGCAGGCGCACAGCUUCUGUGCACCAUCUGGUCUACCACCACCACCACCACCAUCACCACCAUUACCACUUCAGCCACGGUGGCCCACGCAGGCCUAGCCCAGAGCCAGGUGCUGGUGACACCAGGUUGGUCAGGGCCUGUGUGCCACCCUCGCCACCAUCCCCAGGCCACGGGCCACCAGACUCUGAGUCUGUGCACAGUAUCUACCAUGCUGACUGCCACGUGGAGGGGCCACAGGAAAGAGCCCGUGUGGCGCACACCAUAGCCACUGCUGCCAGCCUCAAGCUGGCCUCAGGCUUGGGCACCAUGAACUACCCCACCAUCCUACCUUCAGGAGCAGUCAACAGCAAAGGCAGUACCAGCUCGCGACCCAAGGGGCUUCGGAGUGCUGGCACCCCAGGGGCCACAGCACACAGCCCUCUGAGCCUGGGGAGCCCCAGCCCCUAUGAGAAGAUCCAGCACGUGGUUGGAGAACAAGGACUAGGCCGAGCCUCUAGUCACCUGUCAGGCCUGAGUGUGCCUUGCCCCCUGCCCAGCCCCCAGGCUGGCACACUGACCUGUGAGCUGAAGAGCUGCCCAUAUUGUGCCAGCGCCCUGGAGGACCCCGAGUUUGAGUUCAGUGGCUCAGAGAGUGGGGACUCGGAUGCCCAUGGAGUCUAUGAGUUUACACAGGACGUACGGCAUGGGGAUUGCCGAGAUCCUGUGCAGCAGCCCCAUGAAGGGGGCACGCCGGGCCAUGGCAACGAACGGUGGCGGCCACCACUGCGGACAGCCUCACAGCCAGGAGGGUUAGGCCGCCUCUGGGCUUCCUUUAGUAGCAAGCUGCGUCGCAUUGUAGACAGCAAGUACUUCAACCGAGGCAUCAUGGCAGCCAUCCUCGUCAAUACUCUGAGCAUGGGUGUUGAGUAUCAUGAGCAGCCUGAUGAGCUGACUAACGCGCUGGAGAUAAGCAACAUCGUGUUCACCAGCAUGUUUGCCUUGGAGAUGCUACUGAAGUUGCUGGCCUGUGGCCCGCUGGGCUACAUUCGGAACCCCUACAACAUCUUUGAUGGCAUUGUUGUCAUCAUAAGCGUCUGGGAGAUUGUGGGGCAGGCAGAUGGUGGCCUGUCAGUGCUCCGUACGUUCCGGCUGCUGCGGGUGCUGAAGCUGGUGCGCUUCCUGCCAGCCCUGCGGCGGCAGCUGGUGGUGCUCAUGAGGACCAUGGACAAUGUGGCCACCUUCUGCAUGCUGCUAAUGCUCUUCAUCUUCAUCUUCAGCAUCCUGGGCAUGCACCUGUUUGGCUGUAAGUUCAGCCUGAAGACAGACUCUGGAGACACCGUCCCUGACAGGAAGAACUUCGACUCUCUACUGUGGGCCAUCGUCACUGUGUUUCAGAUCUUGACACAGGAAGACUGGAAUGUGGUUCUUUACAACGGCAUGGCUUCCACCUCGUCCUGGGCUGCCCUUUACUUUGUGGCCCUCAUGACCUUUGGGAACUAUGUGCUCUUCAACCUGCUGGUAGCCAUCCUGGUGGAAGGCUUCCAGGCAGAGGGUGAUGCCACCAGAUCUGACACCGAUGAGGAUAAGACAUCUACCCACCUAGAGGAAGAUUUCGAUAAGCUCAGAGACGUUCAAGCCACAGAGAUGAAGAUGUACUCACUGGCUGUGACCCCUAAUGGGCACCUAGAGGGCCGAGGCAGUCUGCCGCCGCCUCUCAUCACGCACACAGCGGCUACGCCUAUGCCUACCCCCAAGAGCUCCCCUCAUCUGGACAUGGCCCACACUCUUUUGGACUCACGGCGCAGCAGCAGUGGCUCUGUGGACCCCCAACUCGGGGACCAGAAGUCUCUGGCUAGCCUGCGCAGCUCCCCUUGUGCCCCAUGGGGCCCCAACAGUGCAGGAAGCAGCCGGCGCUCCAGCUGGAACAGCCUGGGCCGCGCACCCAGCCUCAAACGCCGCAGCCAGUGUGGGGAGCGCGAGUCCCUGCUCUCUGGUGAGGGGAAGGGCAGCACGGAUGAUGAGGCCGAGGACAGCAGACCAAACUCAGGGACCCACCCAGGAGCUUCACCCGGGCCCCGGGCCACACCCCUGCGGCGGGCUGAGUCGUUGGGCCACCGCAGCACAAUGGACCUGUGCCCCCCACGGCCUGCCACCCUCCUGCCCACCAAGUUCCGUGACUGCAACGGGCAGAUGGUGGCCCUGCCCAGCGAGUUCUUCCUGCGCAUCGACAGCCACAAGGAGGACGCAGCAGAGUUUGAUGAUGACAUAGAAGAUAGCUGCUGCUUCCGCCUGCACAAAGUGCUGGAGCCCUAUGCACCCCAGUGGUGCAGCAGCCGGGAGUCCUGGGCCCUGUAUCUCUUCCCGCCGCAGAACAGGCUACGCGUCUCCUGCCAGAAAGUCAUCGCACACAAGAUGUUUGACCACGUGGUCCUUGUCUUCAUCUUCCUCAACUGUAUCACCAUUGCCCUGGAGAGGCCAGACAUCGAUCCGGGCAGCACUGAACGGGCCUUUCUCAGCGUCUCCAACUACAUCUUCACAGCCAUCUUCGUGGUGGAGAUGAUGGUGAAGGUGGUAGCCCUGGGGCUGCUGUGGGGUGAGCAUGCCUACCUGCAGAGCAGCUGGAAUGUGCUGGACGGGCUGCUUGUCCUGGUGUCCCUGGUUGACAUCAUUGUGGCCGUGGCCUCUGCCGGUGGUGCCAAGAUCCUAGGCGUCCUGCGCGUGCUGCGCCUGCUGCGGACCCUGAGGCCUCUGAGGGUCAUCAGCCGAGCUCCAGGCCUCAAGCUGGUCGUGGAGACUCUGAUAUCAUCGCUCAGGCCCAUCGGGAACAUCGUCCUCAUCUGCUGCGCCUUCUUCAUUAUCUUUGGCAUCCUCGGGGUGCAGCUUUUCAAGGGCAAAUUCUACUACUGCGAGGGUACAGAUACCAGGAAUAUCACCACCAAGGCCGAGUGCCAUGCCGCCCACUACCGCUGGGUGAGGCGCAAAUACAACUUUGACAACCUGGGUCAGGCGCUGAUGUCUCUGUUCGUGCUGUCAUCCAAGGAUGGCUGGGUAAACAUCAUGUACGACGGGCUGGACGCCGUGGGCAUCGACCAGCAGCCUGUGCAGAACCACAACCCCUGGAUGCUGCUCUACUUCAUCUCCUUCCUGCUCAUCGUCAGCUUCUUCGUGCUCAACAUGUUUGUGGGCGUGGUGGUGGAGAACUUCCACAAGUGCCGGCAGCACCAGGAGGCGGAGGAAGCGCGGCGGCGCGAGGAGAAACGGCUGCGGCGCCUGGAGAGGAGGCGCAGGAGUAAGGCGGUCCCCGAGGUGGAGGAGGCCCAGCGCCGGCCCUACUACGCAGACUAUUCACACACGCGCCGCUCCAUCCAUUCGCUGUGCACCAGCCACUACCUGGACCUCUUCAUCACCUUCAUCAUCUGCCUCAAUGUCAUCACCAUGUCCAUGGAGCACUACAACCAGCCCAAGUCUCUGGACGAGGCCCUUAAGUACUGCAACUACGUCUUUACCAUCGUCUUCGUCUUUGAGGCCGCACUGAAGCUGGUGGCCUUUGGAUUCCGGAGGUUCUUCAAGGACAGGUGGAACCAGCUGGACUUGGCCAUCGUCCUCCUGUCCAUCAUGGGCAUUGCGCUGGAGGAGAUUGAGAUGAAUGCUGCCCUCCCCAUCAACCCCACCAUCAUCCGCAUCAUGCGCGUGCUUCGCAUCGCCCGUGUGCUGAAGCUACUGAAGAUGGCCACAGGCAUGCGCGCCCUGCUGGACACUGUGGUUCAAGCUCUGCCUCAGGUAGGGAACCUUGGUCUUCUUUUCAUGCUCCUGUUUUUUAUCUAUGCUGCCCUGGGAGUGGAGCUGUUUGGGAGGCUAGAAUGCAGCGAGGAUAAUCCCUGUGAGGGCCUGAGCAGACACGCCACCUUCACCAACUUUGGCAUGGCCUUCCUCACGUUGUUCCGAGUGUCCACUGGGGACAACUGGAAUGGGAUCAUGAAGGAUACUCUCCGUGAAUGUACCCGUGAAGACAAGCACUGCCUCAGCUACCUGCCCGCGCUCUCCCCCGUCUACUUCGUCACCUUCGUGCUGGUCGCCCAGUUCGUGCUGGUCAACGUGGUGGUGGCCGUGCUCAUGAAGCACCUGGAGGAGAGCAACAAGGAGGCCCGGGAGGAUGCGGAGAUGGAUGCCGAGAUCGAGCUGGAGAUCGCACAGGGGUCCACAGCCCAGCCCCCGUCCACAGCACAGGAAAGCCAAGGUACCGAGCCAGACACCCCGAACCUCCUGGUCGUGCGCAAAGUAUCUGUGUCCAGGAUGCUCUCGCUACCCAAUGACAGCUACAUGUUCCGGCCGGUGGCUCCUGCGGCUGCCCCGCAUUCCCACCCACUGCAGGAAGUGGAGAUGGAGACCUACACAGGCCCGGUCACCUCUGCUCACUCGCCAUCCCUGGAGCCCCGCACCUCCUUCCAGGUCCCAUCAGCUGCGUCCUCCCCAGCCAGGGUCAGCGACCCCCUUUGUGCCCUCUCACCCCGGGAUACGCCCCGCUCUCUGAGCCUCUCACGGAUACUCUGCAGACAGGAGGCCAUGCACGCAGAGUCCCUGGAAGGGCAGAUAGAUGACGCUGGAGAAGACAGCAUCCCAGACUACACGGAGCCUGCUGAAAAUAUCUCCAUGAGCCAGGCACCUCUGGGUACCCUGCGGUCUCCUCCAUGCUCCCCACGGCCUGCCAGUGUCCGUACCCGCAAGCACACUUUUGGGCAGCACUGCAUCUCCAGCCGCCCUCCCACCCUGGGAGGAGAUGAUGCUGAAGCAGCAGACCCGGCCGAUGAGGAGGUCAGCCACAUCACCAGCUCAGCCCACCCUUGGCCAGCUACAGAGCCCCACAGCCCAGAGGCCUCCCCGACAGCCUCUCCUGCAAAAGGCACAGUGGGCAGUGGGCGGGACCCACACAGGUUCUGCAGUGUAGAUGCUCAGAGCUUCCUGGACAAACCAGGUCGGCCAGAUGCACAGCGGUGGUCCUCGGUGGAACUGGAUAAUGGGGAUGGCCACCUAGAGUCUGGGGAAGUGAGGGCCCGGGCCUCAGAGCUAGAACCAGCUCUUGGGGCACGGAGGAAGAAGAAGAUGAGCCCUCCCUGCAUCUCCAUUGACCCUCCCACUGAAGAUGAGGGCUCCUCCCGCCCCCCUGCAGCAGAAGGAGGCAACACUACUCUGAGGCGCCGAACCCCGUCCUGUGAGGCUGCCCUCCAUAGGGACUGCCCAGAGUCUACAGAGGGCCCAGGCACUGGAGGGGACCCUGUAGCCAAGGGUGAGCGCUGGGGCCAGGCCUCUUGCCGGGCAGAGCAUCUGACUGUCCCCAACUUUGCCUUUGAGCCUCUGGACAUGGGCGGACCUGGUGGAGACUGUUUCUUGGACAGUGACCAAAGUGUGACCCCAGAACCCAGAGUUUCCUCUUUGGGGGCUAUAGUGCCUCUAAUACUAGAAACUGAACUUUCUAUGCCCUCUGGUGACCCCCCAGAGAAGGAGCAAGGACUGUACCUCACUGUGCCCCAGACCCCCUUGAAGAAACCAGGGUCUCCCCCAGCCACUCCUGCCCCAGAUGACAGUGGAGAUGAGCCUGUGUAGACUGGGCUGUGUGUCCACAGGGCUUUGGCAUUGAGGUUGUUGGCUCCCUGCAGGGUGGUAGCCCCAGUCAGGGCUAUGAGUGGACCCUGGCUUAGGCCCCACCAAGGCAGAGGGACCGGGAAAUACUAUCCCGGGAGAGGCAGCAGACGUUCCGUCUCUGCACCAUGACACAGGAGCAGCCUCGGGCCCCACGAGCCUCCCUCGUGGUGAUUCAGGUUUGGGUUUUCCUGAGUUUUAACCACCACCAGAAGUUGUACCAGGACCAGGUCAUCAGUCUCAGGAGGAGAUACUGUGUCCUGAGAAGGACCAGAAAUUCCUCAUGGGCAGGAGGGCACCACAGCUCCAUCCAUGUGACACACAGGUUGCCGAUAGGGAGUACACGCUUGAGCCCCUUGUGCCCUGGUGGGCAGACAUCGGGUCCUGUAGCCGCCACAACCCAUAUCACCUUCGUUCACGGUCUCGUUCCUGUCCAUCAUCACUCGGCAUCCUUCCCUCUCACAGUACCCCACCCCCAUCAUUCCAUCCUCUUAGGUGGUUUAGAAACUUUGCAGUGACCCUGGGAAGGGCCACAUCACCAAGGAGUACUGGCCCAUGCAAUAAGACGUCACAGUCCCAACAGAGGCGGGGCUUCCCCUCCAUCCCAGGCUGUCAGGCUCAGCGUUCAUUUGACAUCCAUUUGCUUUAUGUCAUCCGUUCUACAAAUUCAGGUUAAAUGUUGCAAUAAUCUGAUGCAGAAAACUUGGCUUCCUAAGUCAAAGCUAAGGGGAGGGGAGGGGCAAAGCAAAGCUGAAUAAACACUAACUUAUUUAAGAAAGACA